AUGUCCGACUCUUUAGCAUCGGGAUGUUCAUCUCCUCCGUCCGCAACACCACUUCCCGCGCGUUCUCAGAAUGAUAUAUUCAAGGAUUCUGGCUUCAUUCUGAAAGGGCAGCAUGCGUUGAAGGAUGGUCCACCUGGAAACAUUAUUGAAGGUAUGGUCUCUGAUGUCCAGACUGUAGAGCAGAGCACGGGAUUAGCGGAAUAUGAGAUACGAGUUUAUGGUGUGAAGCCUUGCUUUAUCAAAUUUACCGAUGGAAAGGAACCCAGAACUGCAUAUGGAAAUGUGUUCAUCAAGGAUCCAAUAACCUCUUUUGUCAAAGUGCAUGCACUGAUUAAACACACACAUCUCCUCCCUCUCCUCGCUCACCGACCUCUUUUCCAACAUCCCACCCCAUCUCUUCCGUUUCCGGACGUACAAACUACUAAACAGCAGAUUCGCGCGUAUUACAUGCUGAUCAAGCUCCUGAGGCACGCAAAAGGAGACUGGGGCAUCGCGGGUGUCAACACCACGGGGGCAGUCUGUGAGUUGGGUUGCCGCAAGGGGAGGUUGGAUGGGGAGACGAAGAUGGGGGUUGAUUGGCAAGGCGAGCGAGCUAUAGAGCGACGAGGAUAG